AUUCUUGUUUAUUAUUCAGUUAAACCCAUUUGAAGUGAAGUCUUUUAAUUUGCAUUCACAGUAUUGCUAUUAUGACAGAUCUUCAAUUAAAACAUGGACAAUACAAUAUCCGUCUCUCGCGCGCCUCUUCACUGGUGACAUCACCAGUCAGAGUUGGAUCUGGAGCUGUUGAAGAGCUGUUGUUAUUUCUGGUGUGAAGCCGCGAGGAGUGUGUGUGUGUGUGUGUGUGUGUGAGAGAGAGAGAGAGUCUCUCCCUGUGCACGCGUCACGAGCGGCGGAGCUCGCGGGAUGGACGCGUCGGCGCGGCGCUGAGCGGCUCCGGGAUGCGGCGGUGUGCGACGCUUCUGAUCAUCGCGCUGACGGCGGGCGCGAGCGUGGCGCUGCAGAUCCAGUGCUAUCAGUGUGAAGAUGUUCGGCAGGAUGACUGCUCCUCACCAGAGUUCAUUGUUAACUGCACCGUUAACGUGCAGGACAUGUGUCAGAAGGAAGUGCUGGUCAUGGAGGAUGGGAUUCACUACAGGAAGUCGUGUGCGUCGUCAGGGGCGUGUCUGAUCGCGUCGUCGGGGUAUCAGCAGUUCUGCACGGGGAAGCUGAACUCUGUCUGCAUCACCUGCUGCAACACAGCGCUCUGCAACGGCCCACGACACAAGAGACGAGCGGCAUCCCACACCUGCAGACCCUCCAUCAGCCUCUACACCAGCCCACUGCUCAGCCUCAUGCUGCUCCACCUGUGCUCACACUGACACGCCAUGUAUAGACAAAAGAUGCAGUGUCAGUCCUGACUGAAACACCUGACAGAGCAGUGAACUGUUUCUUCACACACGUAUGACCAUGAACAGGUCUGCUCUCACAGACUCAUGUGUGCGUCUCUCAGUCGCUGUUUUAGGAGUAUGUGAAUCCUGCGGUGCUGAACAUUCAUCAGUACACUUCACACACAAACCAGUCCUAUAAUCCUCAAGCGUUUGCUUCCUCGGAUCCGUAUCUUCUGUGGUGUUGGUGUUCAUCACGUGUCUCUGGUUCUCCAGCUUCUUCUGCUCUUCAGUGACUGAGAUGUUGAGAUCAUUGUGAGGAUGGGAACUCCUGAAGAUCUGAUCGCUGGAGAGGUGUUUGUCUGGUGUCACUCUCAUGUAGCUUCUGAACACAAAUAAGUCAUUUCAUCUCUUAUAAUAGUAUGAAUGCAGAGGGUUUCUAAAGGUAAAUAUAUGCUUAUACAUUAAGAACCAGUCAACUCUCUGGAAAAUAUCUGAUUGAACAUAUAUUUAAUCAAAUGUGUUGAAUUACAUCUGUCUGAGGGAUAAUAUAUUGAGUCACUGUCUCAAAAUAAUGGCUACUCAAAUAUAUAAAAUCAUGGACAACA